CCUAUUAUUGUUGUCACCUAAUUAAUCUAACCAUUGGGCAUAGGUUUAUGUGACGAGCUCAAACUGUCAAAAAAACGUGUAAGAAAUAAGCAGAUUUCGAUGGACACCUACGCCGAUAUCCUAGACUCAUUGGAAGACUUGGGUUAUGACGGUGAAUUGCUACAAGAAGCCUUGUUAGGAAAGGCUCUAGAAGGUGGUCCAGAGUCUGUGGAGUACACAACACUUGUCUCCUGGCUAUGUGAGGAGCUCCGUGACUUUGUUGGACUCCAGGAAACUGUCAACCCAGUAACUGGCCCUGAUGAUGCCUCUUACUUUCUGAUGGAAAUUAGCAGUUUCCUAAGAGCUUAUGGCUGUCCUUAUCCCGUACUGAAUGAUGGACCUGUCGCACAGAGACUUGUGACAAAACAUGCUCGCUACCAACUCCUAGAUUUCCUGGUCACGGAGCUCCAGGCUGUACGAAUGUUGGCCUGCAAUAAUCCUGCCGCCCUGAGUUCUGAACCUACCACACCUAGUGAAAUAGCCAGCCAGUAUGAGAGUGAUACCGCGCGGCACAUGAAACUGAUGCUGAUUGCUCUUGGGUUCCCAAAACCUCCUGCCAACAUCAAUGCUUUCCAGCUUUUCAGCAAACUGGAAGCUAAGAUCAAAGAAGUCAUGGGCCAGCACCCAGAUGCCCUUGGAAAACCCCUUCUUAAAGUGAGGCUUUCAGACAAUCAGUGGGAUCUGGUCCAUAAGAUUAACUCUGCCCUGAGUGACGAAUAUCGCAUUCGAAGAGACAUGUUGUUAAAACGGCUUGAUGUCACUAUACAGUCUUUCAUGUGGUCAGAUAAAGCAAAGCAAUUAGAAAACAAAAUAGCGGAAGCCUAUCAACCAAUAAGAAAAAUGUUAAAACCUACAACAGAAGUUGGAGUUCCACAAAUUUUGUCUGCAAGAGAUGACUUAACGCGGAUUGAGAAAACUAGCAGUGGUACUGCAAGGGAAGCAACAAAAACUGCUCUUAACAAAAUAUUGAUACCAAAGGUCUCGGACCGUGGGGGUCGCGCUUGGGAACUUGAACCACCGCCACCAGAAAUGCCAUCCUUCAUGAAGAGACAAGAUGCACCCCAGGGCCAGAGGCCUCAAAGUUCACGAGGAGGUCGCGGUGGUCGGGGUGGUGGUUUUGACUCUGGAGGUCGGGGAGGCAAGGUGCAGGGGGGCUGGGACAACAACCGAGGGGACACAAUGGGGGGCAACUGGAACCAGGGGGGUGGAGGAUAUGGCCGUCCCCAGUCUGCUACUGGAGGGUUCCAGGGAGGUGGUGGCUACCAAGGUGAUGCAAGUUUCCAAGGCGGUGGCUACCAGGGAGGUGGUGGUGGUUACCAAGGAGGAGGUGGUGGUUACCAAGGCGGUGGGAGAGGUGGUCAACAAGAUGGCAGUUAUGGCCGUGGUGGAGGGGGUCAAGGGGGCCCAAGAGGAGGAAGAGGGGGGCGGGGAGGGAGAGGGGGUAGGGACAGAGGCAGGAACUGA